AUGGUGAACUUGGAACUGCCACACAUCAAUGUAUUGACCAAAUGCGAUUUGCUUCCUCCAGGGGCAGAUGUGGAGAGAUACACCGAUGGGGACACGCAGGCCAUGUUGGCGGAUCUGCGAAAGUCGACCCAUCCAAGGUUUCGACUGCUCAACGAAGCAUUCUGCCAGCUGCUGGAGGACUAUUCCUUGGUCAGCUUUGUGAUGCUGAAUCGCGAAGAUGAGGAUUCCAUCGAGUUGUGCCUCGCCCAUGUGAACCAUUGCAUCCAAUACGGCGAGAACUUAGAGCCCGAAGGCAACUUUGACCUGCCAGAUGAGAUGGGCGAGGGAUUUGAGGGAUUCGAAGGCAGCAUCACUCUGACGGCUGACAAGUCUGCUUCCUUGAAGGCCGAAAGCGGUGAAAGCGAUCAAGUGGUCACACAGGCACAGGUCAUGAAUGACACUGCCAUUGCCGAGAAGAAAAACAUGAAUCUGGCCGGCUCGAAGAUUGAAUUGACUGCGUUGGAGGCCCCAACAUUGCUUGUUUCCUUGGCCAAGAAGGAGUUCCUGGCUACGGCGGCACCACCGCCGGAUCAGAGCAAAAUGCGUCUGAAGGAAACCAAUGCAGUGGAUACAGCUCAAAUGAGCCUGGAGCUCCCUCCACACUCAGACCACGACAAUGGAAGUGGCAGCCUGUACUCCAAG